ACCUCUGUUCUCCGCCGCCGGUCACAGCACAACUCCACCACCGCUGUCGCUCCUCUGUCCUCUCCGCCGCCGUCACUGCACAACACAACCCCACACCACGCCUCUCAUCUACCACCGCUGUAGCUCCUCGCACGGAUCCAGGCAGAGCGCCCAUGGCGGAGGCCGCAAGUGCAGCUGGAGCGACGCCACUACUCCCUGGCCUCCCCGAUGAGAUCUCCAUCUGGGAGAUUCUCGUCCGCCUGCCCCCCAAACCCCUCCUCCGCUGCCGCGCCGUCUGCCCCGCCUGGCGCCGCGCCACCUCCGCCCGCGACUUCCUCCUCGCCCACCACGCCCGCCAGCCCGCCCUCCCCCUCCUCUACCGUCGCAGUGGCAAUGGCUCGUCCAUAGACAUCAUCCCCUGCGACCAUCAGGCAGCCGACGAGCUCCGGUCAGUUGCCCGACUUGAUGGCGCCCCCGGCAUCUUUCUGCAGGCCUGCUGUGACGGCCUCCUCAUCUUGGGCACAUGGAAUAAGACGGAUGAAGGCUACGCUAUGAUGGCCUCCAUCUGCAACCCGGUCACUCGGCAAUAUGCUCCCCUACACCAGCUUGAUGGCUUUACCUUCUUGGGGAUGUACCCACACUGCCCUACCGACGAGUACCGACUAUUGCUCUACCUGGCCCCGAGGUUCAAGGAUGAUGCUCAAAGUGGCUCCUACAUCUUCACGUUAGGCUCCGACCAGCCGCCGAGACACAUAGGGUGCCGUGAUGCCAAGGAAUUGCUGCAUUCCCCCAGAUCUGUCCAUUUUCAUGGUAGCCUGCAUUGGCAUACAGAGCGGCUAAUAAUGGUAUUUGACACCACCUCAGAGUCGUUCCGGCAGAUGCGCUCCCCAAUUGUUCCUGACCAUGUCAUUGGCGACCUGUUUGAGAUGAGUGACAUGCUUGGCAUGUUCAGUCUUAAUGCUGAAGAGACAAUUGUUGAUAUCUGGGUGAUGCUGGACUAUGAGAGCCAAGUCUGGGCCUCCAAAGGCCGGGUUGAGUUGCCGAUUUCAGGGAUUAGGUUGCAAUUAGAAAAGUUUGACACUUGGUUGGAUCUGGUGGCCGCAUCUUGGAACGGUGAUGACGUGCUCAUGAUGGUCAAAUUUGAAGACGACUCCCUACUUCAGAUUGACAUUGAUGGCAAGUUGGUUGCUAGUCUCCAUCGCCGAUUCCUCUGUCCUACUCGACUUCGGCUCAAACAGUCUCUAGUUUCACAUACCUUCUUUCCGACUCUAGAGGGUUAUGUUGUCAAUGCUUUGCCUUUCAUCUGACCAGAUGAUUAUGUUGUCAAUAUUUAGCCUUUGAACUGGGGGCAGCUAAGAGAGUUGGUGCUUCAUGUCGGCCUAGGUCUCCGUAUCCAUGUGAGCUGCAAUCAUCCAGUGGUUUCUCUUAAUACCACCGGUUACCUGUUUGUAGUAUCUGGUGAUACAUUUAGGGCUGAUUAUCCUCUUUGUUGGGCAACAACUCGAACCUAGAUUUCCGGAAGAGCUUGGAGUGCUGCUUGUUUAAAUGCAUGAUUGCAUCAUAGCCAACUCAGUGAAAUGUUCUGUUGCAAUCCAUUCUUCGUGUAUCCACUGCGUCUGGUUAGGUAUUCUGAUGUUUUGUUAUAAUUCUGCAUGUGUUGUUCAGCUGUUGCAUUGUUUCAGAUCAUCUCUACCAUUGUCAGGCUCAGGUCCCGGAUUGUGUUCUCCUUGAGACACUGUAAGUGUUCUUUUUCUCUUUAUAACCGGCGCAAGGCCAUAUCCGGUACCACUGGUAGAAUGUAGGUCGUCUCAAGCAUGACCUCGCUGGCUUUAGUGCCCUUGGCUUAUGGAUUAGAAAGAAAGCUGUACGUAAAUAAGGCCAUUAGAUUUAGUAGCUGCAGCUGGAGUGUGGUUGAAGCUGAAAGUAAGUUAAGAAAAGCAUAUGAACAACAGGGGAAAUACAAUUUGGAUAAACAUAGAAAAAAAUGGUGGAAAAUUUAUAGAUUGAAAAGAGAAAGAAAAGAAACUAGCAUUAAUUUUGAGGGAUGUUUAGCAGUACUUCCUGGGAUGAUCCUAGCUAGCAGCACUUCUGUUUCAGGUUGCCUAAGGGAAAUAUAAUAAGCCAUGCUUAUUUAGUGUAUAUGCAGAAAACAUUAUCUGCUUCUCGCUGAAACUGGGAAGACGCUGAACAUCCAGCACAAAAUCAAUAGUUGCUAUGUUGACAAAAUAUAAAACUCGUAAUAUUUAAAUCUGUCACCUCCACAGAAAUAGAUGCAAGCCCAGCCAGUUUCCAUUGCGGCGGCCUCGAUCCUAGUCAACUUCAGCCCAAGCAAUCUCUAGUUGACAUUCCUUCUUUCUGACACUAGAGUUAUGUCGUGAAUGUUCAUCCUUUCAUGUCAAAGAUGUUGAGUGUGCCGGUGCUUCUUAAAGGUCUAAAUGUUUGUAUCCUCGUGAGCUACCCUAUGUGAAUUUUACCCACUAGCUUCUUUGUUGAUGCAUAUAAAAAUAUGACCAAGAAGCUGUCACUGUUAUGUGGUUGCAUGGAAAAAAUAAAUGCUUGCUUUGAUACUCUUUCAGGUUGAAGAGAGUAUCUGUAUGUGUUGCCAAAUUAUGGUGCACAUUUGAACUUGUGGCAACUGACCUGUCUCAUAUCUCCAUUUUCUAAAGGAAGAAUUGACUUCACUGUCUUAGUUUGGAGAAGGGAUCAGCCUAAUGCUCCAUCUAUUGUGCUUGAUGCUAUCUUUUGUCUAUGUGCGAUUCUUCUUCCCUCGUAAUACUUAUUAGCAAUGAAAUCCGGUGCUUAUAUUUUGCAGAAAAUGUUUGGCUCAAAUUUUGCUCACUUCUAAAUUCCUGCGAUUGAAUCUUUGAACAUACACUCUGCCUUGUUCCCUGUUGGCUUUGUAAUUUUGCAGUUGUCUCGUUCUAGGCAAGAAACAGGGUAUAUUAUUCGCUUACCACUAGCCCGUGGAGCUGCUGCAUGUUGUGGCUGGGCUUGGAACAGGGUAUGAGUACACUGUUUCAUCUUUCUUUUUCGUAAUACUCGUUGGCGUCUAUGCGUCAUCCAUUGUACUGAUUGCUCUUUUAAUUUGUCCCGCAUUGGAUUUAUGGAGAAUUUGUAGUGCAAAAUGCUAUUAAUAAGAGCUUAAGUAGUGCUUUGCAUCUAAAAAUCUGCGACACAAAUUGUAGUUGCUGUUGCUCGGUGAGUUAGUUGCCAGUUUCCAUCGGAAAGUCCUCAAUAAUACUUGACUUUGCCUCAAACAAACUUUAGUUUCACAUACCUUCUUUCCGAAACUAGAGUGUUAUGUUGUGAAUGCUUCACCUUUCAUCUAAUCUAAUAGCUGUUGAGUGAGGUGGCGCUUCUGAAUGACUUGACUGCCAGUAUCCUCAUGAGCAUAAAGUUUGAGCCUGCAGACUUCUCUGUCGAUGCAUAUCAAGUUGUGGUCAAGAAGCGCUCUCCUGUUAUUUGGUUGCGUGAAAUCUAUGCCUGUUUUGAUACCAAAAUUACCAAGUCACUUUGGUGUGUUUGAAAGAUGUGUCAACUAGUCUGCCUCAUGUGUCAAUAUUAUUGAACUAGAACAUUAUUUUGCUAUUUUAUCUUCUUACUACUAUCUUCUGUAGUAAGCAAUCUAUUUGCUCAUGUGUCUAUUUCUUGACCUGAAAAUUUGACUUUGCCGUUUUAUCAAUGUCUUGUUUUUAUUAUUAGUGAAUAUCUAGUGUUAUUCUCAAUGCUGAGUAGUCAUUCUGUAGCAACCUACACGAGUUUCCUCUCAAUUCGGUCACUUGCUAUUUUCACGUGAUUGUUAGAAGUGCCUGGAGCAUGCGUGUGUGAGAUAAAUGUACAUAUUGGCGACAAAAUAUUUCGAUUGUGUGGUUACAGUUUACACUAUCGAUGCAAUAUCUAAGUUUGACAUCCAGAUUGAUGAUAUAUUCCAGUGUGUUUGAUUCAUCUGAAACAGGCUAAAGGUCUGUUCAACUUAAACUGUAUUCUCUGCUCUUUUUUCUUUUGCAGGAAAAACUGUAUUCUCUGCUUUUGGUUGCAAUAUUUUAGUUCUUCUGCUAGAGAUGUCUGACUGAUUUGCAUGCACUGCAGAUGCAGUAGAGCCGAUAGGCAAGAGCUGAAGUCUUCCCUUGCAACCAAACAUUGUACAUUGUGGCUAGCGCUGGCAUGCUUCCACGACUAGCAAUGAAAUUGUUACACCUGAAACGAAUAGGUGAUGCAACUUGCCCUGAAGUAGACAGGUGAUUGAUUACAUUUUGCAAGAGAUAAUGAAUAGAAGAGGGACAACGCAUAGCCCUAACACACCCCUCGUUCAUAUUUAAACUUCUUGCCCAAUACGCUAUUCAGAAGAAUAGCUGAGGUUCCUGAGCUGAGGAUCGAUUUGAUCCAACCAUACCAUCUUUGGUUAAAGAUAAUAUCGCCUCUUCCUUGAGAACCCCAUACAUGCAAAUCACGAUGUGAUUUCUCAAUUUGAUAUCCAAAGAGCAAUGUCAUGAUGGCUUGAGCAAUGUAAUGUAGUGCGCCAUUACCAAACCAAAAUUUGUGUAAACAAUUAGGAGUACAUCGGA